GUUAUUAACCCGGCUCGGGCAGUUAACGGGGCUCAGUUGGACGGGGCACGAAGCCGGUGCGUCUUUGUGAAAGAAAAAGUAACAUCAAACUGGAUACGCAAGAUAUGCUCAUUAUUCAACCACUAUUGAAGGAAAAAUGAAGUUGAAUCAGAAAUAAGUUCGUCUUUAUUGUUAUCGGUGCGUCAUUGACAGAAUGUGGACCUGGUCGAGUUGCGCAUAAUCAAAGACCGGGAAAAAAGAGAGGAAUAAUUCAGUAUAAUGGGGAUAAAUAUGAUUACAUUAUCAUCAUGUAAUCAGUGAGGUGUUGUCAUCACCCUUUUUAUUACAGUAUUGCACAGCGCUCAGAGGAACUAUAAAGCAUAGGCCUAUACCCUAUAUCAAACAAUCGAAAGAUAAAGGAAUAUGUUUGUUUUUUCUCUCCCUACAAUUGAAUUAACUGAUCUGAUGUUUGUGGCUGAAGUCUUCUCGGACUCAUUGCUUAUCUAUUGACGAUGACGGCUCAGUGCGGGUCUCGUUUCGGCACCUAAGUCCUUUUGGACAGAUGGAAGCUGAGGAGCGCAGAUUGUUGGGUGACUUUUUACAUCUUCAAACGGUCUCUAUUCCGUGAUAUGUUUUCACUACGAAUGUGAAUGAAUAGCAACUUUUUAAAAGGCAUUUCAUCAGCCCAAGUAUCAUUUCAUGCGUCUCUGCAUCCUGGUGCGCUUCGUUGCGCUGGUGAGAUUCGGGGAGUGUUCCGAUUUCAUGGUAGGCUAUAAUUAAGGACGUUUUACUUCAAUGAAUUUAAAUAGAACACGGUCUAUGGAUUGCCUGAAGGACCUUUACUGCUUCAAGCACUACGUUUGGAUGACACGUUUUUCUAGCGCUUGUUCAAGCAAUUUAAUAAUUUUCCCCAGAAGAAUAACUAUCCAAGCAUCAGCGGUGUGUGUGUUAGUUAAUAGAUACUUAGUCAUUUAAUUGCCUGAUUAAAUGAGAUUAAUGAAGUAAUUAUUUAUUUGAAUAUCCAAUAACGAUUUAGUGGAUAUAUCCGCACCUGGAUGUUGAAAAGAGACAUGAAAGAGAAAGUGCGUGACUGGAGGAACAAAAUGAUAUUUUCUUCACGGGCAAAGUUGUUAGUCUCGGUGAUGCCUUGGGCAAAGCGGUACAAUCUUUUUUUUCUCUCUCAUUUUAAUUCAAUCAUCUAGUGCGUAAAGUUCCAAGUGGACGCCUCUUGAGCCCAACAGCCAUGUCUCUGUUUCUGCGUCAGAGCCCCUCCAUUUACUGCACUCUCACUGGACAACAAGUCUUCCUCAAGGGAUUAAGCUAGCAGAUAACAGAAACCUAUCUCUACUUUCACCUUCACUCACUCUAAACAUAAUUCGCUGUCCCUGUGAGUUUGAGUUUUCUCCAAAAUUCUAGCUUCAGCUGGCAUCGCCAUGGCCAUGAUUCCAGAUAUUACAUGCCUGUCAGGGCCAAGGGUGAACCUGAACAUCAGCUUCACCUUUGGCCCCACCCCCUGCAACCAGACAGUACUGCGAACCGCACCCUAUUCCCCAGAGGCCACUGCGUUGUUCGCCACCGCGAUCACCCUCAUGAUGAUCCUCACCAUCGUGGGCAACAUCCUGGUCAUCAUCGCCGUACUGACCUCGCGCUCGCUCCGCGGCCCACAGAACCUCUUCCUGGUCUCGCUGGCCGCAGCUGACAUCCUGGUGGCUACCCUCAUCAUCCCCUUCUCGCUGGCCAAUGAGCUCCAGGGAUACUGGGCGUUCCGCUCACUGUGGUGUGAGAUCUACCUGGCGUUGGAUGUCCUCUUCUGCACGUCCUCCAUCGCUCACCUCUGUGCCAUCUCAUUGGACCGCUACCUGUCCAUCUCCCGGCCCGUGUCCUAUGGCGCCCAACGAACCCCCGCGCGCAUCAAGGCGGCCAUCGUGGUGGUCUGGCUUCUCUCGGCCGCCAUCUCCUUCCCUCCCCUCCUCUCCCUGGAUAAGAGCGAGGGAGGGGUGGAGGUGUGUGAGCUGAACAACGAGCGUUGGUAUAUUCUCUACUCCACCAUCGGCUCGUUCUUCGCCCCGUGUCUCAUCAUGAUCGGGGUCUACAUCAGGAUCUACCAGAUUGCCAAGCAACACACAAGAUGUCCGCCAGGGGAAAAACCCAACCUUAACACAACUCCCUGCAAAGCGUCUAGCAACACUCCAACAGCCCACGCACCUGGACCUGUCAUUACCCCCCAGCCCAAGCCUCUCAGCCAACUACAGCACAGCAGAGGGGAGGGAGGGAAAGCAGAUGGACAAUCCAAGGAUGCCGUACCUUCGAAGAGUCUCCCUGUCUCCUCCCCCUCAUCUCCUCCUCCCCAGAGCGAGACCCAGGCCAAGACCCCGACCGGCCCACAGAUUGAACCACAACCACAGACCCAGCCUUCUUCACCAACCUCUGUCCCCACCUCACCCCAUCCUCCCUCACCCACCAUAGCUCUCUCCCCCACACUCCCCCUUGCAGAAAUCCAACCUGGGGAGACCCACAGACAGGGUGAGAGACGGGAGAAGAGACAGAGAAACACCACCAAUGAUGACAGCUUCAGCUCUGGCUCCGAGGCAGAGGCAGAGGCAGAGAUGAGUGGAAAAAGAAAGGGGGAGGGAGGGAACAGGACAGUUAAGAACAAUGGAGGGUCAAAGUCUGGAGGUGCAGGGUUAAAAAUUCAACCUCUCUCUUCUCUGACCUCUCACAAGUUCAAAAAGACCGUUGCCACACCCACCAGCACAGAGCUGGCCUUUGACAGGCCAGGGAAGGCUCAGGUCACGCCAAUGUCUCGGCGCAAGGCCAUGGUGAAUCGCGAGAAGCGCUUCACGUUCGUCCUGGCUGUGGUAAUCGGGGUAUUUGUCAUCUGCUGGUUCCCUUUCUUCUUCUCCUACUCGCUGCAGGCCAUCUGUCCUGAGACCUGCUCUCUCCCUGAUCCCCUCUUCAAGUUCUUCUUCUGGAUUGGCUACUGCAACUCCUGUCUGAACCCUGUCAUAUACACCAUCUUCAACCAGGACUUCAGGAAGGCCUUCAAGAAGAUCCUCUGUAGGGACACCAAGGGGACAAACUUUUAGAGUGGAUACUGUAGAAGGGACACCUUAUUUUAGAGUAUAUGCUGUGUAAGGACACUAAGGACAAUGACUUCCAGAGUGGAUAUACUGUAAGGAUAGAUUUUUAGCUUUCUUGUGUAAGAAACCACAGACAAUCUGCUGAGUCCGUCCUUUGCUGAACAUUCCGUUAGAUCAGAUUAACAAAAGGCUGAACUAUGGGAUGCUGGAGUAGAUCAAGAUGCUCUGAUGUUCCCAUUGGGGGCAGUGGGAGAGGAGGGGAGGGAGGGACGCAAUAUACCUGAAAAAAAAAACUCUGUUACAGCUUGUUUAGUGAUCGGAACAAAACAGGGCCAUCAGUCAUGAGGACAUGUUGCUCAAUUUACAUUAUAAACUGGGUGGUUCGAACCCUGAAUGCUGAUUGGCUGACAGCCGUGGUAUAUCAUGGUUAUGACAAAACAUUUAUUUGCACUGCUGUGAUUAUGUUGGUAACCAGUUUAUAAUAGCAAUAAGGCACCUUGGGGGUUUGUGAUAUAUCGCCAAUAUACCACGGCUAAGGGCUGUAUUCAGGCACCCCGCGUUGCGUCUUGCAUAAGAACAGCCUUUAGCCAUGGUAUAUCGGCCAUAUACCAAACCUCCUCGUGCCUUAUUGCUUAAGUAUAUCACUGCUUGCAUCUUUCUAUCUAUAAGCAAACCAAGGCUGCUCUCUGUUGAAUAAUUUGUCUGUCUGUAUAUCUGGAUUCCCACAGCCAUUACCUCUAGGCUUGUGACUGGCCACUCUGAACUACAAGGACGCAGUAUCAGGAGAGUGUUCUUAGACAUUACCAGGUACUGUCCACCGCAAGGACACAGAUUGGGCAGGAGAAUGUGUGGUAGAACGUGUGCAGUAGAAUGUGUUCCUGGAGUUCUCUGUGUUCAAGAACUUGUAGUGUGUGAAGGGAGUUUGUCCAAGGACAGACAGACAAAGAACCUUACAUCCUUUACACCAGUGUUUCCCAAACUCGGUCCUCGGGACCCCUAGGGGUGCAGUUUGUGUUGUUGUUGCCCUAUCACUACACAGCUGAUUCAAGUCAUCAACCAAUCAUCACGCUUGGAUCAUUUGAAUCAGCUGUGUAGUGUUAGGGCAAAAACCUAAAUGUGCACCCCUUGGGGUCCCGAGGACCGAGUUUGGGAAGCGUUGCUUUACACCUUGCAUGGCGACUGGCCUCUGUCGUGAACUCAUACACUGUGACGGACAUGUUUUAUAGGGGACAACCCAGCUGUAUUUGUGUCUUGUGUUCAGUGUCAGAAAUGCACCUUUAUGUUUUACUAUGAGUAUGAAAUGAAUGUAAACACAUGAAAAGUGAAAUAUGGGUUUUCGAUAUGACCAAUGCCUCAGUAAUGUAAUAUGUUGGGUUUAGAGAGGAUCUGCAGUAGUAGUUAUUAAAUACUGUGUGUGCUUGUUGUGUGAUGGCCUACGGGUUUUACUGGAACAGAGGAAAUCUCUAAUGGUGUUUUUUUUUUAUAUCUGAGAUAAAGAUGAGAGCAUGAGGAACUCACAAGACCACACACACACACACACACACACACACACACACACACACACACACACACACACAC